UUUUUUAUUGAAGAAAAGGUGAACCACGAGGCACUAGAUCAGAUUACCUUUUUUGGAGCCGUGUAUAAAUGGAUGUUUGAUUCUUUAUCUCAGGAAUUUUCAUCAUUAGGAAUCAGUUAAUCGGAAAAGGAAAAGGCAACAAAUUUGCAGAUGGAAGAAGAAAAGCUCGGAAAUUUCAAUGGGCUUCUGAAUACAGAAGCUGUAAUUGAGGGAAAUAAUUAUGGAAUGUUGAAGACAUCAACUGUAGGCUUUAGUGCAGCCGAAAUGUCAAGCCUUACAGCGCUCUGUAAUGCUUUCUUUCCCUCUCUGCCUUUAGAAGCUAGUGGUCUUUUACUCGAUGGUUCUGACUUCAGUAAGGAUGUUGAGGAAUUCUAUAGGGCUUCUUUGCCCGACGGAUGGAGUACCUUUGAGGUCGCAGAAACCAUGAGGAAUCUGUUCAACGCUGAGGUCCUCAAGAUCCUGAAGAAAGUUUUGUGGUUGCUGUCUACAUAUUUAGGAACGUUUUUACUUGCAGGAAGGCAGUCUUUGUCUACAGAGUUUCCGUUUGUUCAGAGGUUUGGGGAUUUGACUGUUGAGAAACGAGAGAGAGUGCUUCUUGACUGGUCUACCAGUUCGCUCUCCUUCUUCAGGGUUAUUUUCAAAGUUUUCAAGGGUACCCUAAUGUGGAACCAUUUCACCAGAGUCAAUGAGAAGGGGUACAACCCCUUCUGGAAAGCCAUAAAUUACUGCGGACCCGAUCCAGUGGCCAUGACCGCACAACUUUCCCCCAAGCCCCUGGAAAGCUCAGUAUUAGACAUAUCAGCCUUAAACGGAGAUGAAUUAGAGUCGGCUCUGGAAAGCCAUGGAUGCAAAUUAACAAGUCCUUCCGAAAUCGCUGCUCUUGCAGAUGUGCAGUGCUCGCCGAAAGACCACGCCAUAGAAUGCGACGUAGUCAUAGUGGGCUCGGGCUCCGGCGGCGGAGUCGCAGCAGCGGUGCUUGCCAAAGCAGGCUUUAAAGUCGUUGUCUUGGAAAAAGGGGGUUACAAAGCCCGCCAUGACUUGGACCUCUUGGAGGCGGAGUCGAUGAGAGAUCUGUACGAGGAGAAAGGUUUACUGAGGACGGAGGACCAGAACAUGGUUAUCUUCGCUGGCUCUACUGUAGGCGGCGGCUCCGCAAUCAACUGGUCCGCCUCGUUUCGAACUCCCGACCAUGUGCUCCGCGAGUGGACUCAAACCCUAGGGCUCGAAAUGUUCCAGAGCCCUAGAUACCGCGAGGCCAUGGAUCGAGUCUGCGAUAGGUUGGGCGUGCAGGAGGACUGUGAAGAGGAAAGCUUCCAGAAUGCUGUGCUGCGGAAAGGCUGUGAAGCAUUAGGGUACCAUGUGGGAAAUGUUCCAAGAAAUGCGACGGCGGAUCAUUACUGUGGGUGGUGCAACUUAGGGUGCAGGAGAGGGACGAAGCAGGCCACUUCUGAGACGUGGCUCGUCGACGCCAUUAACGCCGGCGCCGUCAUACUCACCCGUUGUUCUGCGCACAGGGUUUUGCACACAUCAAAUUCAGGUCGCAAGGGUAGAAAAGCAAUUGGAGUGGUGGCCAAAAUCGGAGGCACCGAGAGACAGCUGUUCAUCAGGGCCCGAGCCACGGUGGUCUCCUCCGGCGCUCUGCGUACGCCUCCGUUGCUCCAUGCCAGUGGCCUUGAAAACCCUCACAUUGGCAAAAAUCUUCACCUGCAUCCAGUCCAAAUUGUGUGGGGAUACUUCCCGCCGGGUGUUGCAGCACAAGGGACAUGCUACCAAGGCGGAAUAAUGACGGCCUUCUCAAACGAGACCGCCGCCUGGGACACCACGGGCUACGGAGCGAUCUUACAAACCCCAAUUCUGCACCCGGGGGCCUUCGCCGGUGCUAUACCGUGGCGAUCCGGGUCCCAUUUCAAGCAAACCAUGCUCAAAUUCUCUCGAACUUGCAGUUUCAUUGUUCUGCUUCGCGACAGGGGCAGCGGAACUGUUGCGCCCAAGGCAGAUGGCAGCCUGGACAUUAAGUACAAGCUUCAACCAGACGACGAGGAGCGAGCCAGGGAAGGCGUGGAGAAGGGGCUUCGCGUGCUGGCGGCUGCAGGGGCCGUUGAGGUCGGGUCACACCAUCAGGAUCUUGAAAGCUUUAAGCUUGGUCCUGAUUCCAGUCGUAUUCAUGAUAAAGAUUUUGAGGAGUAUGUGAGCAGAGUUGGGAAGAAAGGCGGCGCGCCCUUGUAUUGCGCGCAUCAGAUGGGGAGUUGCAGAAUGGGAGUGAGUUCCGGGGAGAGCGCGGUUGAUGAAAAUGGUGAGAGUUGGGAAGUGGAGGGAGUUUAUGUUGCAGAUGGGAGUGUUCUUCCCACUGCAUUGGGGAUCAACCCCAUGAUCACCAUUCAGUCCAUCGCCUACUGCAUUGCUCACAAUGUAGUUCAGUAUAUCAACGAAACUCGUCCCUAAACUAAAAAUUCGAAUGCCUGGUCACAAAUCUCAAAGCUCCUACUCUUUCCAAUUUUAGAGCCCCCAAAUUUUCCCUAAUGUCGUGGAACCUUUGUUAGUGAAAUGACCUUAAUGAGUCUAUUAGGGAUAAGUCUUCUUAAGUGCAAGGUUCUAAUAUUAUGAGGGAUGAGGUAAGGAAUUGAUAACCUUUUAUCGGUGGCUCUUAGCUAAAGAAGAUAAAUAAUCUUUUAUUAAAAAAAAUCCUCCUUUCUUUCUUAAUUAUAAACAAACUAUAAAUA